AUGACAUUUGAUGAUACCCUUCUACAUUUUACUUUUUCUUUCUUCCCACUCAUUUCCAUUGCUUUUCUUGUCAUUUCUUUUGCCUCUCUUUCUUUGCUUUCAUUUACCUGCCAUUCUUCCUUCUCAUUUUCCUCUUUCUUCUCUCUCAUAUCUUUUGCCUGUCUUUCUUCCUCCUCAUUUCUUUUAAAAAAAGGAUCUUUCUUCCUUCUUACCUUCUCAUUUGCCUCUUUCUUCUCUCUCAUAUCUUUUGCCUGUCUUUCUUCCCUCUCAUUUCUUUUACCUUUCUACCUUCUCAUUUCAUUUGCCUCUCUUCCUUCUCUCUCAUUUGCCAUUCUUUGUUCCUUCUCAUUUCAGUUGCCUCUCUUUCCUCCCUUUUAUUUCAGUUGGCUUUCUUUCUUCCUUCUCAUUUCAUUUGCCUCUCUUCCUUCCCUCUCAUUUCAUUUGUCUUUCUUUCUCUCUCAUUUGCCAUUCUUUCCUCCCUUUUAUUUCAGUUGCCUUUCUUUCUUCCUUCUCAUUUCAUUUGCCUCUCUUCCUUCCCUCACAUUUCAUUUGUCUUUCUUUCUUCUCUCUCAUUUGCCAUUCUUUCUUCCUUCUCAUUUCAGUUGCCUCUCUUUCCUCCCUUUUAUUUCAGUUGCCUCUCUUUCCUCUUAUUUCUUUUGCCUUUCUUUCUUUCUUCCUUCUCAUUUGCUAUUCUUUCUUCUCUCAUUCUUUUUAUCCUUCUCAUUUGCCAUUCAUCAUCCUUCUCAUUUUAUUUGCCUCUCUUUCUCCCCUCUCAUUUCAUUUGCCUUUCUUUAUUCCCCCUCAUUUCUUUGCCUUUUUUCUUCCCACUCAUUUCUUUUCCUUUCUUCUUCUUCUUCAUUUCUUUCACCUUUCUUUACCCCCCUCUCAUUUUCUUUGCCUUUCUUUUUUGUUCUUAAUUUCCAUCCCUAUAGAUGUAAAUUAUUUCUUUCUUUUAUUUCUUUUGCAAGUUUCUUUCUUUCCCUCUUUUUUCUUUUAUUCCUCUUUUCUUUUUGCUGCUAUUCACCUUUUCUUUUUCUUUUCUUAUAUUUAUCUUUCCUUCUUUCUUUUAUUCCUCUUUCUUUGUUUCUUUCUUUCAUUCCUUAUUACUUUUAUUACCAUUUUUCUUUCCUUCAUUUCUUUCUUUCCUUUUAUUUCUUUCUUUGCUCCUUUCCUUUUCAUUCUCCUUCUCUCCUUUUCUUUCUUUCCAUCUUUUAUUUCUUUCUUUCAUUCUUUUGUUACUUCUUUUAUUUCUCUGUCUUUCCCUUAUUACUCAUUUUCUUUCUUUGUCUUUCUUUGUUUGUUUCUUUCUUUUGCCUAUAA